GGGCAUAAAUUCUAGAAUCAUUUUACCACUGGAUGACACGCUCCUCCUUUAUCGUCAGUGAGUUGGUGAUAAGCUGAAACAGCGACGUCGGUCCCAACGUGUCUUGGUGACGUCCCCCACAUUCCCAACAUGCAGCGGGUGAUGCCUGAGCAAAGAUGGCGGAAGGAGGAGCGGCUGAUCUGGAUACCCAGAGAGGAGAGGUCGCGGCACUGUUGAAAACACAGUUAAGAAAGGGAGACACUUGGUACCUGGUGGACAGUCACUGGUUUAAACAGUGGAAGAAGUAUGUGGGAUUUGACAGCUGGGACAAAUACCAGAUGGGUGACCAGAAUGUCUACCCAGGACCAGUUGAUAACUCUGGUCUUCUUAAAGAUGGGGAUGUGUUGGCCAUUAAGGAGCACCUCAUCGAUGAGCUGGACUACAUUCUGGUCCCCACAGAAGGCUGGAAUAAGCUUGUCAGCUGGUAUGGACUGACAGAUGGUCAGGAGCCAAUUGCACGCAAGGUAGUGGAACAGGGUAUGUUUGUGAAGCACUGCAAGGUGGAGGUGUACCUGACGGAGCUGAAGCUCUGUGAAGACAGCAACAUGGACAACGUGAUCACCAGACGCUUCAGUAAAGCUGACACAAUAGACAUGAUCGAAAAGGAGAUGAGGAAGCUGUUCAGCAUCCCUGAUGAGAAGGAGACCAGGCUAUGGAACAGGUACAUGAGCAACACCUUUGAGCCUCUCAACAAACCUGACAGCACCAUCCAAGAUGCCGGCCUCUACCAAGGACAGGUUCUUGUAAUAGAGCAGAAGAAUGAGGAUGGCACAUGGCCCAGAGGCUCCACAACACCCAAGUGA